UCCGCAAGGCAACCUAACAUUUACGUCGAGCGUGGACUGAAUUUAGCGUGUAGAAUAUUUAUUAAUUCCCUUCGGGGUCUGUAUUUUGAAUGUUACUAGUGGUGGUCGGUCCUGUAAGGGAACCGAUCGGAGAGAAAUAAGAAGCAGCAACGGCCCUGACUACAGCAAAGGGGCCCGACCAGUGCAAUCAGCAGCACUGGCGUGACGUAGCUAGCAGGAGGAGGACCAGCGCGACCGCAGAGCACCACGGAGCGAGGCCACCUACGCGGAAGGACGCCGCGAGAAGAUUGAAGAUUCGGGCAGCAUCCGAGGGUUGCAGUGGCGGCCUGGGGCCGUACAUCGAGGUAUAGGUUGCGGAUGAGAUUCCCGCCCCGAGAGAAGACACGGCAAUCGCCCAGAAGAGGAGAAGAUGCGCAGAUCUACUUUUCGAGUAUCCCAUAGACAAUUGAAGAUCGCGGGCGAAUUGGGCCGCGUAGGGACUAGCGGAAAUUUGAUUGGGCCCAAGGGUAAUAUUCCUCCGCGCCACUAGGGCACGUUAGUGGGCGAGCGAUCGGGUAGCGUCACUUGCGGUGUAGCUAACGUUCAGUACGUGCGUGUGCCAAAAGUGUAGAGUGAAAGUGAAGGAGUGAGAAAGAGAGAGAGAACGAGAGCGAGAACUAUGAAUCCGGAGAAUAUGGAUGAUUUGGCUAAGGCUAUUUUGGGUUAAGUUAUUGUCUCCGAGACCCAGGACCCCACCGCACAAGAGCUGGCCGGGGUAUCCUCUGGAGACAGCGGUGUAUCUCGCGGUACACCUGGUGCCCAAAAUGGCCCCACGCUCUGCUAUGAGUAGGGAUGAGGAGACUCUGGGUGGGAACCGGGCCUCCCCAACGCCAAGGCCCGACGACUUAUUCUAUGAGGCCCUACACAACGGCCUGUGCUUCCACGGUUUAAUUCACGCCUACCGCUGGGAGGAGCUGUGCACCGGGUGCGUAAGCGGGCUAGCGUCGGACGUGCAGCCGUUAUACAUCCCCCACAGUGUACAUUAUUUGCUGCUCGACACCGCAUUGGUGUUUAACUUGGGGCGGUGCACAACCUGUGCUCCGAGUGUAUUGCUCGAGCACGCACCCGGUGCAUGCCGAGGAUGUGUCCUAUUCUAUGAAGCCCAUAGAGACACCCUGGUGCGGGUUGGGUACGGGGAGGUUACCCUCAUUUCUUAAAUACUAGUAGUAGUAUAGGCUUAUAUUGUAUAUAUAUAUUUUUUCUUACAUACAUAUUAUUAUUAAUUGCUUACAUUACUUAUAUAUCUAACCUAGAUGAGUAUUAUUUACGCUAUAUAUACAUUGCAACCUUAUUCGCACGAUGCGGUUCUCCGGAUCGUGCCAAAAAGGCGGGUUCGAGCCAGAAUCGACUGUUAGGAAUUUAGGAAAAAUAUCAGGCGGAACAAAUGAAAGUAAGAUUUUGUUUUACAAAUUACAAAAGAAAAAUAUAUUAUCCUGCAACGGAAUACAAUCAGUGUUAGUGCAGGUUCAGCCUAGAGAAUGCUGGAUGUUAGUAAGCGAAGAAUAGAUAUAAACGCAAGCGGAAAGUAAGAAUGAUCAUAAAUAUAUACAAAAUAUUAGUGUUCGGAAAGUAAAGUGUAUCAAUAUGAUUGUAAGACGCAGUUUACCUACACGAUAGGUAUGACGAGAACGGAAAUAAUAGGUCCGUCUACUCUCGUGUGAUUCUAUUUUGACUUUUGUUGUUUUUCUAUAAAUGAAAUAUGGAAUCGUGUCUGAAAGCAGCCUCCGACCAGCGGAAUUUGAUUACAGAGUUGACCCGUUAGAAUAUAAACGUCGUGCUGUUGAGUAGUCUUCCACUAGGGAACUCGUGAUCGCAGGUAGACGUGAUCUUAUCUAAAGCAACGUCGCUAUCUCGGCGAGGUGAGAGGUCUCAUUCGCAAAGUAGCUAGUUGUGCAAGUCUUUAAAUAACGUUAUGAUGGCCUGUAUAGCGGAAACGGCAAAAUGAUCAAAUGUAUCAAAGUGACGGCCCAACUAAAAUGCAGAGAUUGAUUCUAUCUGGCAGAGGAGACGAU